AUGUUCAUUAUGCAGCUUCUUGCUGUCGGGAUUUUCGAGCUGGCCUAUAAGAAAAAUAGGCGUUAUUCGACGGUGGGCGGUAAUCUCUCCUGCCGCUAUCAGAACGAAGAAAAUUCAUGGACAAUCAAAUCGUUAAAAGUCUAUGUUUAUACUAAUGCGAUUUUUACCGCUACGUACCUUACUGCUGUCGGUGUUGUGAUUUACAACAACCACCUCUUCACAGUACCCACAUAUUAUGCUUUGGUAGAUGGAAGCAGCCUCCAGUACCUCUACGCUCUGGUCCUACCCUUAGUUCUGUGGUAUCAUCGUAAAAACGUCCAGAAUCAGAUUCGCUCUGCUGUCGACCUAAGUCUUCACAUGGACUAUAACAAAGUGUUCGACGCGCUCCGCAACCAGUGGAGUCAGGGCUCAUCCAAAACCGACAGGCCUAUACCGAGAAUUUCGAUUCAUUGA